GAAGCUGUUGUUCCUGCUGGCCACGUAUAUCUCUCUCGCUACCAACCCGCUUCCUUCCCCUUCUUCCUCUCGCAGCCGCUAGGUAGAUCGGGUACGUUACACCGGAGCGCCGCCCCUGCCGUCACCCCCGGUUCGUCCGAGAGUCACUGGCCGAGCGCCGCCUCUCCCUGCACCCUCGCUGCCGAGCCGCUUAUCCUCCAGCUCGCAGGGUCGGCGCCUACAGAUCUAGGGAGGCAGCAGCGCAAGACCAAAUCCCCUCCAUGUGUCCUCGUCGCUGACAGCCCCGCAUGGCACUCUCUCCCCAUCCUCUGUUCAGGGUAACUGAAACGUACUACAGGGCUAAAUCCCAACGAGAAUGGGGGAUGCAAAUGUGCUGGAGCGUAUACUCGACGGAGCCGCGGACCCGACGAAUCUGUCAUUACAACUCUUAAAGGACAUCACGGGAAAUUUCUCUCAAGACAGAAAAAUUGGCCAGGGAGGAUUUGGAGAGGUUUACAAGGGUGUACUCGGAGAAAAGAUUGUUGCUGUGAAGAGGAUCCAUAUAAACGAAAACACAGUUGACGACGGUCUAUUUCGUCGUGAGUUUGGUAGCCUGUCGAAAACUAAUCAUCGGAAUGUAGUACGGUUUCUUGGCGUCUGCUCUAACACACUUCAGAAAACGAUAGAGGAUGCUUGGUCAGGAGAGAUUAGGUUGGCCAGCGUAUUAGAGAGAUUGCUCUGCUUCGAGUACAUCAGCAAUGGAAGCCUUGAUAAGCAUAUUACGGAUGAAUUAAGAGGGCUUGAAUGGGAAACGCGUUAUGAAAUAAUCACCGGGAUUUGCAAGGGCCUGCGUUAUCUUCACAAAGAAAAAGAUAUUAUUCAUAUGGACCUUAAACCGGCAAAUAUUUUACUACAUCAUCAAGAUGGAAAAUAUAUGAUUCCAAAGAUCACGGAUUUUGGUCUGGCAAGACCAAAUAAAAACUCGCAUACUGUGGGUCAAUGUUAUGGAACACCAGGAUAUUGGGCUCCAGAAUGCAGGGAUGACAGCAAAACUACAACCGCAUGUGAUAUAUAUAGUUUGGGUGCCAUAAUCAUAGAAUUAGUAACGGGGUGUAAGGACAUCCCUGACAAAAACUACGUACUUCGAAGGUGGAGACACAGAUGGAAUAAUCCACCGACGCAACUACAAUACCAACAAGUAACUAGAUGCAUCGAUAUAGCGGUACGCUGCAGGGAAAAAAACCCGGAAUCUAGACCUUCUAUAUCGGAGAUAAUCAACUUUCUGAGCGAAUCUGAAGAAACAUGUGGCCAGAUAAUCCCUUGUUUAGAUGAAGAUGACAUGCUUCGGAUUAAUCCGCUCGAAUUGCGGCUACCUUCUGAGCUGAAGAACGAGAUAUCAUGCAAAGUUGAGCCAAGGAAUGGUACACGUAAUUGCAUUGCCUUCAACAUCCAACUGCCAAGCGCACAGUACAGCGCACAACCAGUCAAAUGCAUUGUGCAACCAAGAUCCAUGUAUGUUGUGAUGAUAACCGUGCAAGCAAGAGAUGUUCGUGAGCACGACCAUGCCGACAAGCUCAUCGUAGAAAGCAUGAAAUGGACUGAGGGCCUUGGACAAGAGGAUAUCAUAGAAUGUAUGUCUGGUGCAGAGAAGCGCAAAGAAGUUGAUGAGGUGGAUCUGAUUGUUGUAUAUGAGACUACGAAGCCCCAAGAAAAUUGCAAGCGUAGAAGAGAGACCAACAUGCCAGGUGAUGAAGACCCCAAGGCGAGGAAGAUAAAGAUUGUUGAGUCUGCUUCCUGUAGCGGCGAGAAUAAAGAGGCACCUUCCAUGGACAUCAACUCCAGCACAAGAGGACAAUGUACUGGGAAAACAGAGCAGUGCAAAUUGUACCCACUACAAAGCUUUUCACGCCAUUCUGCUACCAACGAGAAAUACCUAGGGAAAAAGAGCCAUCGAGCUGUGGAUGUCUCAAGGGGGGCCAUGGGUAGCCUGCUCGACAAGCUGGGAAAGCUCGUCACGGAGGACUAUAGUCUGGAUCCGAGCAUCAAGAGUGAUAUCGAGUCUUUCUCAUCAGAGCUGGAGAUCAUGCAUCAAGACCUCCCGAAGCUGGAAAAUAUUGAUAAUGCCAAGAUUUGGGUUGACAAAGUAAGGGAGCUGUCAUAUUACAUAGAGGAUAUGGUCGAUACCUUCUUGGUGCACGUCGAGCUUGACUCCAGUAGGUGUGGCUUCAGGGAGCUCACAUGUAAGGGGCUAAAGCUUUUGGUGAAUGGCAUGACAACUCACGAUCAUACUGAUGAUGUGAUCAAAGACAUCAAGGUCAAAGUUAAGGCUGUGGCCGAUGGGAAAGGGAAGUACAAUAUCGAUGUGAACAAUGUUGUAGCUAAUGCAAUUGAGAAAGCUGCCAUUUACCCUCGGAUGGCUGUGUACACAAAUAAAGAACAUCUCAUUGGCAUUGAAACGCCAAGAGAUGACGUAAUAGGGCUAUUUGAGGAGGGUGGCGAUGUAGAUAAGCAAGAGCUCAGGAUAGUCUCUAUCGUUGGAAUGGGAGGAUUGGGCAAAACCACACUUGCCAAGGCGGUGUAUGAAGAGUUUAAAGGCUACAGUCAUAAAGCUUUUGUUUCGGUGGGCCAGAAUCCUGAUCUGGUAAAUGUUUUGAAGAAGACUAUCCGUGAUUGUCAAGGUCGAGAAUAUAAUGCAGCAAAACUGGAACAACUGGAUGUGGAGCAGCUUUGCAACGAACUCCGCAAUUUUCUCAAGGAUAAGAGAUACUUCAUAGUAAUUGAUGAUUUAUGGGGUUGCCCGUUAUGGGAUACUAUUAAUUCUGCUUUUCCAAGAGAUAAAUGUGGUAGUAGAGUGAUAACAACAACAAGGAUUCAAGAGGUUGUUGAUCGUGAAAGUUGGAAUGUUGAGAACAAAGUUUAUAGAAUCAAACCACUCAGUCAUAAAGACUCAAGAAGUCUAUUUUUUAGAAGAAUAUCUGAUCCUAGAAAAGAUUGCCCUGUUACACCUCGAAAAGAAGAGAUUUUAGCAGAUAUUCUGAGAAGAUGUGGUGGCAUGCCGCUUGCUAUUAACAGUAUAGCAAGCCAUCUAGCUCGUCAUUCAUCAGAAUCGUCCUGGGAGCAUGUAAGGAAAUCUUUGGGUGCUACUCAAUGUAAUGAUGUUGAACAGAUGAAGAAAAUAUUGGAUCUUAGCUACAUACAUCUUCCUGAUCAUCUGAAGACAUGUCUUCUUUAUGUCUGUAUGUAUUCAGAGGAUCGAAAGAUAAAUAAAAAUGAUUUGUUGAGGCAGUGGGUAGCUGAAGGUUUCGUGAGUACAGACGGGGGGCAGGAUGCAGAGGAUGUUGCAGAAGAGUACUUCAAAGCGCUCAUAGACAUGUUUAUGAUCCAACCUUGGAAGAUAGACUACUGCACCAAUGAAGUGUUGUCUUGCAGAGUACACGAUAUAAUUCUUGAGCUUAUGAGAUCCAAGUCAAGUGAAGAGAAAUUUAUUCAUGUAAUUGAUGGUUUGAAAGAUGUGUCAGGACAGAUCCAUCGAGUCUCAGUCCAGUACAAUGAUAAGGAGGAUAGUAGAACUCUUAAAACAAUCAAAGGGUCACUAUCACAUGCUCGGUCAGUGUUACUUUACCGAGCCUCGCUUUUGCCUGCCUUUCUGGAAUUCAAGCAUGUCCGAGUUUUGCACCUUGAAGAUAAAGUAUAUUCAAGAGAGCCCCUAGACCUCACUGGUAUCAGUAGUUUGUUUUUCCUAAGGUAUUUAAAGAUUGCACUCCACCCAUUGUCUGGUGACCUUAAAUUACCUGAUCAACUUGGGCAGCUACAACAAUUGGAGACAAUACAUCUAAAAGGAGGUGGACUAAAGAAGUAUCCAUCAGAUCUUUGUACUUUGCCCCGGUUAUCGUGUCUCAUAUAUAGUAGAUAUGGGGGUAUAAUGUUGCCUUACGGGAUUGAAAGGUUGAAAUCUCUGCACAUCCUGAAAGGUGUAUGUCUGUAUAAAAGCUCUGUAGAAACUAUCAAGGGCCUUGGCGAGCUGACCAACUUGAGAAAUCUUGGGAUCAAUUCGAAUUUCCCUAUUGGAUGGGGAUUUCAUGAAUCGGAGGAAGUGGCAUAUGCACGUAUGAAUGCCUUGCACUCUUCCAUUUCGAGUCUUUCCACCAGCGUCAGGAUCCUUACUUUGCAUGCAUAUUUACCUGGGCAUGAUAUGGAGUACUGGAACAGGACACUGUUUCCUCAAGGUUCUCAUAUUCGGAAGCUCCAUCUGAGCGGCUGCAGUUUUUAUACAUGCCCCGAGUGGAUUGGUCAGCUCCAUGAUCUAUAUAGUCUUACUAUUACGGUGAUGGAGGUGGCUGAUAGCAUCAGUAUUGUUGAAGGGUUGACUUCACUUGCGUACUUUGAGCUCUCUACUGAUACUGAUAGGUAUUGGAAAGAAAAGGAAAGUAUAGUCAUCUCUGGCGGCGGGGCAUUCCAAGCACUCAAGCACCUGAUUUUCCAUUGUCCAAAGGUGUCACUGAUCUUUGAAGUGGGGGCGUUGCCCAAACUUGAGAAGCUUGAAAUACUGUUCUGUCACCUGACGCAUCACAUAUCCUACCUGGCCGUUGGCAUAGAGCACUUGCCAGCUCCAACCCUUGAACAAAUCAUUAUAAAAUUGACCAGAAACAUCAAGUCAGGCUUCAGCAUAACUAUCAAUGACUGGGAUGAUAACGAUUGGGAGUGUGACUAUGCUUCAGAUCAGGAAACAGACAGUUUAAUAAAACAACUAAGAAAGUUGAGGAGCGUAUUGAAGAGAGCAUUUAAGAAGCAUCAUCCUGGCGCUGACAUCUACAUUGAGUUUGAAGAUUAUAGCUAUGAUCCUUCGCAACAAAAAGAAAGAUAUAGGUCAGAUGAAGAGGCGGAGUCUGUUGAUGAUGAAGACGAUGAGGGUGCUCAUCAAGUGAAUGGAUCUCAAACUGCAGCACAAGUCCAGACUAACACAAGGCAAUUAAUUGAGCUAAUUGACGCGCAAGAAGAUUCGGCUAGGAUGAGCAUUAACAUUGAUGCGCCUCUGAUGGUGGGCACGUCCAUAGAUCUUGCGGUCGGUUUGGAGGGGUGGCAAGGUGGACGCGGCAGUCAAGAUUUGGCCGUUCUGGAAUCCUCGGAGCAGCCUUCUACAAGUCUGCUUGCCCCCUUGCCUUCCUCCAUUCCCCUGUUUGCAUGGGCAGACACAGCCGAGCCCAUGGCCAACUUUUCUGUUGAUAUCAACAUCAACAAUGAUCUCUUAGUUCAGCAGGGUAACGAUGGCAUGCUGGUUAAUACAGUGGGACAAUAUCUUGAUCUCAACCAGCAGGCUCAUGCACGUGAACUUUUUGAUCUCAAUCAUGCUUCUUCGGCAGAUUCGGAAUCCUUGCAGCUGCCCUUUAGAAGUCUGCUUGCCCCUUCUUCCUCCUCCCUUCACCACACACUAGAACUUUCCUUAUGGCCGGACGCAGCCGAGACCGAAAGGGAUUAUCUCAAUCCGGCCCCUAAUGAGAUUACUGAUGAAGAAUUUUUUGUGGAUUGAUGACGCUUUUAUUGAACUGAUGAAGCGACAGGCACCUGACAGUUGAAGUUGAAGAUCCAUAUACGUCCUCUGUUUCUAGUUCAACAGCCGUUUUUCCAUGUGAUGUUCUCUCUGCAAGUUCCAUCUAUCAUUGCUCUUGUAUGUUAUAAAGGAUAUGUAUUUGUAUUGUCCAUGUUCUCUACUGUGUAGUGCUUAGACUAAGUCUUGGUUAAGUUAUGUAGUACAUGAUGGAUGGCGUCUCCGCUAGCUAUAUAUAAACCUUCUACUGUCACUCUGAAUCAAUCAAUGUAAAGGAAGGAAUCAACCUCACUUUGCAUUCCCCUGUUAUAUCUGUUUCUAGGUCUUGUAUCAUAUAAUUGUAUUGAGUUGAAUCCCAAGACCUCACGCUAAAA